AUCGAAACAACCAAUCAAAGUCAAGUGUGACUGGAAUGUUGUGCUUUGACUCGGAGAGAAAUUUUAUCUACAUAAAUUCUUCAGUACAUUUCCGUCAGGGGGGGUCAACUAUGUAUGGGCAUUUGGUGAAUACCUAUUGGGGAUCCAAUAGGGUUGCAAGCAAAAUGUAACUUUUUUAAUCCAAUUUAUUGGUAGUUUCAAUGACUCCUUCUUUUGUUACCAUUUUUGAUUAGUUUUAUAUUAUUACAGCGAGAAAAUAAAUAAAAUAUCGGACUUUUGCAGUAACACGUCACAAAACGUGGAUCUUAAACAUUUUUUUACAUAAAUGUCUCUUUUGUGGUAUAUUAUUUUAGCACUAUGGCAGCACUGGAUAUUUUCUACCCUACAAACAUUCAAAAUGGCGGUUGUUGUUGUUUGUUUGCUGUUCGGUUUGUAUCGUUCGUAAAUCAAUCAACACAAUUUUGCUGUAGCAGUUUCCGAUUUGUUCCAUAAUAAUUACAUUAAUUGCGUUGAGUCGAGCCCUUGCUCCUCCGCUAUAGUGUAGAGUUGUGGUUAAAGUCGUUGUGCUGCCGUUUGCUAUUUGAGACAGUGACUUUUAGUACCGUUUAGUUUUCGUCAUUAUUAGUUUAAUUAUGGCUGAUAAUAUUCGACGAAGAUGUCUAAAAUGUGGCCGAUCACCGAAGGAAGAAUCCGACAUUUGCCUUUAUAGAUUUCCUAAACCUGGACCAACUAACAUGUUACGGUAAGGAGUACCCAUUUAUUUCCAUAUAAGUUUAUAUCUUAGUAGUGAAAUGAAGCUCCCACAUACUAGAAUGGUUGCUAAAACAUCCGAUUUCAUCCAGGAAAGUAACAGAAACAAUCCAUCAAACACAAAAAAUUUGAUAACUGCAGUUGUUGCCACCGUAUUAUAACAUUAUCUUUAGUUUAAUAAGUUUGCGACUUAGAAAUUGCUUCCUCUCAAUGAUCAAUUAUUAUUUUGUUACAGUUGUGUGUCAUGGGCCGUGUUUUGUUUUCCUGAUGCUGAUGCCAGUGAGUGGCACUCUGUGGAUGUCCAUAAAAAUCUUUUCCUAAAGUACAAUAUCAAAUACGAUACAGAUAUACAGUCCAAUGUUCAGACAGGACAAAGUAAUUAUUAACAUUUUACCAUCCAAUAAAUUUCAUAUUAAAGAUGUAUGAACUAUGGGUCAUUUUAAUACUUCAUUCUUUACAGGUUUGGCAAAAUGGAGUCACAUCAAACAAUUUUAUGAAUUGGAUAGUAAAAAUAUGAAUUUCGUAUUUGCACCGGUUCUUCGUAAACAACAUUUGAAUCCGUUUUUAGCCAAUCUGUUGCUGCACAAAAAUAGCCACAGGUAAAUCCAUACUAAUAUUAUAAAUGGGAAAGUGUGUUUGUGAGUUUGUUUGUUUGUCCUUUCUUCACGUCGAAACGGAGCGAGAUAUUGACAUGAUUUUUUGUGUGAAGUUAGCUGGGAGGCUGGAGAGAGACAUAGGCAACUUUUAACCGCGGGAAAACAUCUCAUUCCCUUGGGAAAAUUAAAAAUGUUUAUCGUGGGCAAAGCCGCGGGCGGAAGGCUAGUAAAAUAAUAGAUUGUUUUUACUUUUUUCUAUUCACAAUGCAAUUUUUAUUUAGGACUGAUUUUGCAAUACCUAGACAAAGUUUCUUCCAAUUCAAAUUGACAAUGAUCUGCAUUCCAUGUCUUAUUCUUUUCUGAUUAACUACUGAUAUAGUGUUUAUCUGAAGAUUUAUAACACACACCACACACAUCCACAGGCAUAGAUAAGCUACAAAUACUUUUUUAAGGUAAAAAAUAACCAAUAUUUUGUAAUAUUCUUUACCACUAUUAUGAAAAUGUCUACCAACUAGAUACAAAGGUUGUGCUAAGAAGAAUACUUACACCAUGUUUUUUUUUAAAUGGUAAUAAAUAACUUAGAAAAUGUACUAUUUUUCCCUACUAUGUGGUUUUCAGAAAUAUGACUGACAUGCUAGAAAGAACUACUUUCGAGCACUACCACAACCAAACUCAGUGAUGCUCUGGCAAUUUUUAAACAGUUUAAAAUAUUUUAAUACUUACUACAUAUUAUUUUACUUCCUUUUCUCAAUUGCGAUAGAGCCUAAAUCCCAAAGAAAAAAAUGACUCCUUUAGAGUUAUAAAGUUAGAUUACUACCCUACUUACCCUUACCUUAGAUAUUAAAAAACUACGACGUGUUAGGAAGUAGUGCUCUUCUCAGCAUGACCUUUGUAUCUCCUACAUCUAGUUGGUAGAAAUUUUCAUAAUAGUACAAAAAAAGCUUGAGUAUUUUUUACUCAAUAUACUGUAAAGAUACUAGAAAAAAAUCCAUGUUCAUGGCAGGGAGUACAACAGGAUAAAUCAGCCCUUAAUGAAUUAGUAUUGUAAAAUAUCAACUAAAACAUUGCCACAGACAGUGGAUAUAAAUUAAAAUCCAUACUUAAUAUUAUAAAUGCGAAAGUAAUUCUGUCUGUUACUCUUUCACGCCUAAACCACUGAACCGAUUUGGACGAAAUUUGGUACGUAGAUAGAGUUGACCAUGAGAAAGGUCGUUACUUUUUGUUGCGAAAAAAGGGGUAGAAAGGGUUGAAAUAGGGGGUGAAUAUUUGUAUGGAAAUUUGCUAUCAUACAGACCACGCGGGCGAAGCCGCGGGCGGAAGGCUAGUUAUUUAUAAUCACGGCAAUUAUCUAGCUCGUACGAGUUCUAAUAGUAAUAAUGGCAACUAGAUACAUGAAAACUUUUAAUAAAUGCCCAAACCAAGACAAAUAGACAUGUCAAUAAAAUAAGAGACAGUAUCGUCAAGUCAGGCAUCAAAGGCUGUGGAUUUGUGUUUCUUCGGAUAGAUUAAUUUUCAGUAACUAGCCUACACUGUAUGUGCCAAUGUAAUGUGUGCAUUUGUACAAUUAUGACCCUUUUUUGUUUUAUUUCAGGAGAAAUGCCCUCAGAAGCUAUAGCCACAGCUGACCUAGUGUCAAAUAUGGAUAAAUUUUGUUCGAUAGUUUGAACAGUGAAAGUGCAGAAUUAAAAAGAGGAAAGCCAUUUUCCACAAAUUUAUCAAAAAAAUCACCACAUCUGGAUUUUUUCAAUAAAAUGAAAAUUAAAAUUACGAACAUGCAAUUUGUGGGCAGUUCGCAAAUUCCUCCAUCGCAACAAGGUUGGAUCUGGACUAUUAAUGCAGUAGAGCGGUUAUGGAAAAAUCUUACAUGGAAACAUAAUAAUAUAAAAACAUUAUGCACUCGACGCCUGCAACAGGAUCCAAUCGAAAAUUUAUUUGGCUCUAUAAGAGCAAAUUGUGGAGCCAACACAAAUCCGACUGUUGGUCAAUUUGUAGCGGCCUUGAAAACCACAAUCAUGUCCAACCUUGCACAUUUGUCGAGUGGUGGAAACUGUGAACUAGACGAUAAUGAAAGUAUAUUAAAGAAUUUUAAGAAAUUAUUUACACCCACACUCGUGCACACUGCCGAUGAAGAUAAAAAAGAACUGGACGAAACGCUUUGCUCCGCAACACUUUCAUCCGAUUCGGUAAAUGAAAGUUUUAUCGAACUUUCGUCUACUGAUAGUGCAGAAUUGCAGGCGUGUGCGUACGUGUGUGGGUAUUUAUUAAAAAGGAAAAAAAACGAGUGUAAAACAUGCAACAAUUUUCUUUUAGAAAAGGAAAUAGAUUAUAAUUGUAUGGUAUUUAUGGAAUUUAAAGAGUACGACGAUUUAAAAAAAUCGCUAAUGUAUGCGUCAAAAUCACUUGUAAACUGUGUGGAAUCUUGUGCGACUGUUAUUAAUGAACUUUUGCGCACAAAAUUCCACACAGUAAAUAUCCGUCAAACUAUAAUAAAUAUAGUUAAGGUUAAAGUAGAUUUUAAGUUUAUAACUUGCCACCACAAAGAAAAUGUGAACUUUAUAUUAAAUUCUGUAUUUUUAUAUGUGUUAAGCGUUUUUGUACUCUUAAAAAUGGUCAGUACAAGGAAGAGUCGUCGACUACACUAUUAAAGAAUAAAAUGAAUAUAAUAAAACAUAGAUAAAAUCUAUAUGAAAUUGUUUACUUUUCACCUUAUCCUUAACUAACUUUUUCUAGAGUUCAAGCGUUUUUUCCAUGUAUUAUUCUUCUGUUUGAAUUGGUUAACGAUUAAAAUAUACAUUAUUUCAAACAGAAGAAUAAUACAUGGAAGAAACGCUUGAAACUAACGAAUAAGCGAGCACCUUGGUUUUGAAUUUUCCCGCAUAAAAGUUUUAAAUUUCCCGCUAAAUUAGUUUCGUUGGGGAUACCAAUAGAUGUCGCUAUGAAAAAUCGUCUACCAUUUUUUUGUAUGGAGUUGAUAUUCUUCUUAGUAUAUGUGUUCUGUGAUUUCCGUGCGGUGGCGGUGGCGUAUUGGUAUCAGAGUGACAGUGAUUUUUAUUUAUUAAGUGAGUAUAUUAAUUUGUUCUUUUGUAUAAUUUACUUCUCUUUAUUAAAAUUAGUGUUAUUUAAAAUACCUAUUAUUUGAUUUUUUUAUCAUAAUCCAAUCAAAUGUAAAAGUUACAUACAUACAUGCCAGUACCGCGAAUUUAGUUUCUAUUACUAUACUAUCCCAUACUGAGCUGCAAAUUGCAAAAAACUUACGAUAAUUUGAAUUUUGCGGGCCACCCUGGAGCAUCCACCUUAACCUCGUACCGCCCCUUGUACAUUAUAAUGUAGGUACAUAAUAUUAGAAAUCAUUAAAGCCCAAACAUAUUUAAAAAAAGUACACGUAAACGCCCAGCGUACAUUACGAUGAACAAAAUAAAUUUUGUGGAAAGUUUAAAUUUCCCGCCAGGAUACAUAUUAAUGGUGACUUUUAUUUGAUUUGUGUUUAAUGCUGUCAACGUUUUGACGUCUGUCAACUUGAUAGAAACCAUUGGUUAAACGUCAAAAUUGCACACACGUGGCAAGAUGGCGAGCCGGCAGAUACCACGUCUGGGGGAUGUUGAUAUUGAACAAUUAUUGGUCGAUUCAGAAAUUGAGGACUUUGUUCCUUCAGACGAAGAUGUAGGGGAUCCGGAAUACAUGCCAGUUUUCGGAUCGCCAGAAAAUAGAACGGAAACUGAAAAUGAAACGGAAUCGGAAGCGGAAGAAAGGCCAGUUAGACGUGCUCAAGGUCGAGGACAUGGUGCUGGGAGAGGACGUGGUGCUGGGAGAGGACGUGGUGCUGCUAGUGGACGUGGUGCUGCGAGAGGACGUGGUGCUGAGCGAGGUCGGAGAGGGGUAAGAAGGGGAAGGGUGAGGGGUCCUAAUUCAACGGUUGAGACAUCAUCAAAUGGGUCCUCGGUACCUUCAAGCAACUGGACCAUACAAGAGUUUCAUCCUCAAACUCCAGUUUUAUUAGAGCCGGCCUAUUUGCCACUAAAUAGUCAAGGUUAUCAGAAGCAAGAUUAUUGGAAGCAAUAUAUAACCGACGAUUUAAUUGAUUUAAUAGUCCAGAAAAGCAACCAAACCGCAGUUGAGAGACAUGGGCGGAGCUUAAACUUGACCGCAGUCGAAACACAUGUGUACCUGGGUAUAACAUUAGUAAUGUCUUCCAUCAAUUAUCCUAAUCUGCGAAUGGCUUGGGAGAAGAAAUGGAAGGUGCCUGUCAUAGCUGAUAAUAUGUCUCGAAACAGAUUUCUUCAGCUGAGAAACAGUUUGAAAGUUGUAUUUGACAAUGAUAUCACGCCGCAAAUGAGAUCUCAGGAUAUACUUUGGAAAGUUCGCCCUCUAAUCCAAUAUAUGCAAGUUGGUUGCCGCGCUCAACAAAAAGACCAAAGCCUCUCCUUAGACGAAAUGAUCAUCCCAUUUACCGGGUCAUGUUCCAUAAAACAGUACUGUCCGGGAAAACCUAAUCCUGUAGGCAUAAAAGCAUUUGUCUUAGCAAAUCCAGAUGGAACUGUGUGUGAUUUCCAAGUUUAUCAAGGGCAAACGACCUUUUCAGACUAUGCUGAUACACCUUUUGGAUUGGGUGAAAAAGCAGUAUUAACAUUGGCUGACCAACUAGUACCAGGACAUAUACUCUAUUUUGAUAGAUUUUUUUACCUCAGAAAAGUUAUUUGAUGAACUUGAAAAGAGGGGUAUCAAGGGGACGGGAACUAUUAUGAAAAAUAGAAUACCAUAUGAUGUGAGAGAAUCAAAAAUAUGUGAUAAUGAACUAAAGUCUCAGGGAAGGGGAAGCUUUCAAGUUUUGGUCAGAAAUGAUAAACGUCUUGCACUUACGAAAUGGUAUGAUAACAAACCAGUACUGUUAUUGUCUUCUGUGGAGGCUGAUGUUGAGGUUGAUGAAUGCAAAAGAUGGUGCAAAAAAGACAAACGUUAUGUAAUUGUGCCAAGACCAAGAGUUGUUAAGGAGUAUAAUAAAAAAAUGGGAGGUGUCGAUUUAGCCGAUCGCAUGUUGGCUGUUUGCCCUAACAGAUAUCGUACCAGAAAAUGGACACAACGAUUUUUCUCACACAUGAUUGAUUUAGCUGUUACAAACUCCUGGUUGCAGUACAAAAACGAUCAGGUAAAAUUAGGAGUUCCUUCAACAAAAAUACUGCAACUGCGUGCCUUUAAAAUGGAACUAGGAGAAAUGCUCAUUGAGUCACAUGUUUUUACAAAUUCUGAUCACGAAGAAGCAUCUGAAACAGAAGUAGUUUCAGCUAGAAGAAAGGGCCGACCUUCAACGGUUGUAGUGCCGAGCGUGAAAUUUCGUACCCAUGCAGCUAAACACCUCCCUAUGAUAAGUGAUGGUAAUUCUAGUAGAUGCCGUCACUGUCAUUACAAUAGGACUCUAUUCAAAUGUAUGCAUUGCAAAGUAAGUUUAUGCCUCACGAGAUACCGUAAUUGUUUUUUUGAUUUCCAUCAGAAUGAUUCAGAUAAUUAGUACAUUUAUCAUUUUCAUGUUUUUUGUAAACAAUACUUACGUUAGAUAUUGUUUAUGCGUAGUUUUUAUUUUUUGUUAUUAGAGAACAAUGUUUAUUUUUUGAUUUUUAUUAGGUAUAUUUGGAAGUUGAUUAUUUAAGAGGAGAUUUGAAAAAGAUAAUUAUAUGUUUUGUUAAUUUUUAAAUAUUUUAGAGGCUUUCAUUAUUUCGUUUCCGUUCGUUUGAAAAAAAGGUGAUUACUUUUGACAGACUUGUGUUAAGACUAUUUCUUUUUUAGAACAGCUAGUGCUUAAUGUUUUAGUACUUUUUAGGUUUUUUGAAGUUUCUUAUUUAUCUGGAUAAGAUAAAACAUUAUUUGUAAUUUUAUUUUAGAGGCAUAUUUCAAUAACUAUCACAGCAAUAGGAAGGUGGUUAAAUUUAAGAGACUUGUCUUAAAGACUGAAUUCAAUUAAGGAUCUCAAUGUGUGAUUAUUACAUAACCAAAAAUAAAGAAAUUGAUUUAUAAAUACUUUUUUCUUUAUAUCCUUUUCACAUGAGUAACACCCAAUAUACAGUUAAAUGAACAAAAUAAAUAACCUCAAUGUAGUAAGUAACGCCUAAUGUCCAUUUAAAUGAACAAAAUAAAUCGCCUUAAAAUUUAAUUCUUGAUCUUCUACGUAACGCCAGGUUAUACCCAAAAAUAUAAAAAAAAAUCCUAUGCACAUAUUUACGAAAAAAUAAGUGCAUUCUUGCUUGGGCACUUACAAUAACCUCAUAUUAUGUACAUUAAAAUGAACACUGGGCAUUUAGCUCUCACGAUAUUUUUUAUGCUUGGGCGUUACGAGGUUAAAACAUGUUUUAACUAAUGAAGGUUUAUACCUUCGGUAAGCGUUAUAUCUAUACUAAUAUUAUAAAGCUGAAGAGUUUGUUUGUUUGUUUGUUUGUUUGAACGCGCUAAUCUCCGGAACUACUGGUCCGAUUUGAAUUAUUCUUUUUGUGUUGAAUAGUGCAUUUAUCGAGGAAGGCUAUAGGCUAUAAAACAUCACGCUAUGACCAAUAGCAGCCAAGCAGAGCGGGUGAAACCGCGCGGAAGUAGCUAGUUAUGAAUAAGACAGUUAGUGUUCCAUCUUUCAAUAUGUAUUUUUAUCCGAAAACUAUUUUGCUAAAGCUAUUUUGUUGUCCUCACAGGAUGGCAAUAUUACCAAUGAGAAAAAUCAUAGCUGCGAGCCCGAUGAAUUCAAAAAUGUAAUGACAAUAAAGCUGGAUGAUUUAAGAGAUAAAGUGAUGAAGCCUGAUUUCGCCCCAAUACCAAACAUAUAUAACAAAUUCAAAUCACAAUUCUGCGCUACUGAAUCAGAUUUGGUGAGAAAUAUCACAUCGUUUGCAAACAUCAAAUCAAAAUUGUAUUAUGCAAGAAACAACGCAGCUGGUGUAAAAAAAAAAAAUGUAAAUCAAUUGAUGAAGUAGAAGUUCCAUUACAAUUCAGAGAUUUUUUAGAAAUUAUUUGAAAUUUUGAAACAAAACAUUCCUGGGUGGGAACCCGUAAAAUUUUUAACAGAUUUUGAACUAGCCGCAAUGAACGCUAUUACAAUUGUUUUUCCGUCAGUUGUGAUUAAAGGAUGCUACUUUCAUUAUUCCAAAAAUGUAUGGAAAAAAGCAAAACAGUUGGAUCUGACAAAAGAUGCUAUCACCCAAAGACAUGUAAGACUUUCAGCUUUACUGCCUUUACUUCCUCGUAAAUUCAUAUGGAUGGUGCUACAUAAUGGAAGACUGUCCUGAUACUGACGCCAUUCAAACAUUUAAUGACUACAUGGUGUCAAUUGUGACAUGGCCAUUGCCAUAGCCAUUGGGCUAGAGAACGAGAGUUUUGUAGACAUUUGGUGCGUUCAUGGUGAACGCCAUAGAACCACAAAUGCCGUAUCUUGGCAUAAGAAAUUAAACUCGGCUGUGCCAAAGAAUGCUAAUUUAUAUCAGCUUCUGAACGUGCUGAAAGAGGACGCAGAUUUACAAACAGUGGUUGUUACUCAAUAUAAAUCAAACGCACCCCCGCAAAACGAUGUGCACAGACAACUAUUAUGAAAAAUUCGUGGAUCACAUACGUAACUGACCAACUCCUCAAAAACAAAAUCUCCGUAGGUCACUGCUUAGAAAAAUUAAGGAUUUAGCUACUAAUUGUUGAAAUAUAAGAAAUUAUUUACACGUUAUUUAGCUGAUUAUACUAAUAGUUGAUUUUCUGUGAUAUUUUAUAAUUCUUAGAUUAUAAGUGAAUUAUUCAUAUAUGACAUUUUUGCAAAAAAAAAUUGCUGAUUCAUUGCUAUAUAGGUGAAGAAUGACUGAUUUGAUUAAACAAUAAGUUGAUUUUCUGUGAAAUUUUACAAUUGUUUAGGUAAGGUUAGAAUUCAUUGCAAAAAAAAUUGCUGAUUCA